AUGAAUGCGACGAAUACGUCCGCCGAACAACACAAAAGAGUACAUGAUAUUCCAUCGAGGAAUUGGGGAAUUCCCAGUAUCGGCCGCACCAUAGACGGUAUUAUUCAGAAGACUGGCCUCCAAAAUUUGUAUAAGGCAUUGACGAACAGUUUUAUGGAUGAGGAUGAGGAGCCCAUAAUUGUCUGUUUCAUCUGUCAUGCAAGACUCAUUCGUUGCAGGAGAUUGCAACAACAGGCUAUUGAGUCAAAUGCAGUUCUGGAGCGGUUGCUUGUAGGAGGGUCCAUGUCAAUACCAAAACCGCAUAAGGCUAGAGAUGAGAUUCAAUUCACACCAAUUAAUCAUAUAGAUAUUUGGCCAGUAGAGUGUGAUAUAGAAAAUGAUUGUGAGGACGACAUUUUUAGCCUUGAAUCUGUUAAAGUUGAGGAAGAGAAAAUCGAAAAAGAGAAUUUCAAAUUAGAUGUAAACUGGAGUCAUAAAACAGAUACUGCUGGAAAACAAGAGGACUUGGAGAUUGAUGCUUUUGAAGAUUGA